AUGGUCACGCCUCAUCCACAAUGGACUCCAACCCUCAACCAGCAGACUUCUGCAUGGUCAUCCAUCUCAUCCACACCGAGCAUCCUAGAGAAGCUCAAGUUGCUCUGUCAUAGUGAUGCUGAACGCAAGAAAGAGGGUUACGUCCUCACGGAUAUCACUGAGAGGGAACUAUGGUCGAAGAUGAGAUCGAAGCGAAAGAACCGGAAGGACAAGCAGGAUAUAAAGUCAUCCGAUCCUCCUAGCAAGAGGAGUCGACACUUUGAGAACGCAUCGUUCAGACCAAGUGCCAUGGUUACCAAACCUGCGCCGUCAGUCUGCUUCUGGCAUCCUGGGCACACCCUUAGACCAGCAAGGGUCUGGUCAUGCUGCAAUCAACCACUGGCUGCGCGCGGAUGCGAAAGCUCCUCCACGCAUAAUUACGACGAUGUCAUCGAUCCAAGCUUUCGAGCUGAUUGGAAGUAUCACAAAGCUGGGAUCCUGUCAGGCUCAACCGACCCUCGCACCGGCUGGAGACCUGCUGUGGCUCUUGAUUGUGAGAUGGGUCACAGCGCAGUUGGCGAGAGCGAGCUCAUCCGCUUAACGGCUGUUGAUUUCAUUUCUGGAAAGAAAUUGUUCGAUGCCUGA